CAGGAGGAUGGCUUUCAGAACUAUGAUCUGAUGGUGUUGUCUUCAUUUUGUAUAUAUAUAUAUAUGUGUGUGUGUGUGUGUGUGUUCUUCUCUGGUUGUAUACACCUGGGAUGGCGUACGGGCGAGUCUAACGGACCGGCUGGAGUUACUGAUGAGGGUCUGAUGUAUAUUUUCUUGGGCUGGCGUCAAUGUCAUAGAUAUCCAUCUGCAUGUUCUACUCACUACACUGGAGCGUAUCUUCGAUAACUGCGAAAACAAAAA